UCCCUUUAAAACCACUUUUUGUUCCUUUCCAAUUUCUUCUCGACUCGAUCCUCAAUCCAAUCCGAAGCUCGCCGGCGUGCGUUCAUGGCGACGGGGAUCUCGGCCGUUGCAACCGCGGCGCCGUACCGGAGAUUAAUUCAACGACCGGCGAAAGCUCCACCUCCGGCGAACCGUGUUCCAUGGCGGUGCUUUGCAAAACAGAGCACGAGAAGAUUGUCGACGGUGAAGAAGAAAAGUGGCGUGAGUGAAGUUGAAAUAGUUAAGGAUUUGAAGGUAAUCGUGGAGGAGAAAAUGGUGAGGAAGAAAGCGGAAAGAGAUGCUUAUCUUGUCGCUGCAAUUGUGUCGAGCUUCGGGAUCACGUCCAUGGCCGCCAUCGCUGUCUAUUACAGAUUCUCCUGGCAACUCAAGGGCGGAGAUUUUCCUGUUUUGGAAAUGGUUGGUACUUUCGCACUAUCGGUUGGAGCUGCGGUGGGGAUGGAAUUUUGGGCGAGAUGGGCACAUAAACAGCUGUGGCAUGAUUCGCUAUGGAAUAUGCACAAGUCUCAUCAUAGGGCGAGAAAUGGACCGUUUGAAUUGAACGAUGUGUUCGCAAUCAUCAACGCGGUGCCUGCCAUUGCUCUUCUUUCUUUCGGCUUCUUCCAUCAGGGCUUCGUCCCCGGUCUAUGUUUUGGUGCGGGUUUGGGAAUUACAGUGUUUGGAAUGGCCUACAUGUUCGUCCACGAUGGCCUCGUGCACCGUCGUUUCCCUGUGGGUCCCAUAGCUGCUGUCCCCUACUUACGACGUGUCGCUGCUGCCCAUCAUAUACAUCAUACGGACAAAUUCGACGGCGUCCCGUACGGGUUGUUUUUAGGACCCAAGGAACUGGAAGACGUGGAUGGCGAGGAAGAGCUGCAGAAAGAAAUUAAAAAGAGAAGCAAAGUUUACAGAAAUUAAAUUAAAUUUUCUCAUUAUAUUAAUAAUAAUCAACAAUAGGUGGUUAAUUAUUUAUUUUUUAAAAAAUAUUUC